CGUCAUUCAGUGCGGCCGUGCAGGGCUGCUGGGAGCGGAGGGAACGAUUUCAGUUGAGGAAGUGUCCGUUUAUGCCUCUGAGGAAGAGUGGGACUGCCUAAUUCAAGAAGAAAAGAAGCUUUACAGGGAUGUAAUGAUACCAGACCCUCAGCUCUCUGGAAAUGAUCCCGAAGGACAUGACAGAAAUACACGAAGCAAGCCUAUGAAGAAAUCUUUUCAUAAAAGAACCAAGGCUUCUAACUCUAAAAAAUCUAGGUAUCUCUCAGGAUCCUAGAUGUCUACAAAUAAUAUAGUAAAUAAGAAAACAAAAAAUUUCUCAUGUUCUGAAUGUGGGAAAUGUUUUCGUUAUUAUUCAAAAUUUGUUGUCCACCUCAGGACUCACACUGGAGAAAAACCUUUCUCAUGUUCUGAAUGUGUAAAAUGUUUUAGCCAACGCUCAGAUCUUACAAAACAUCUGAGAAUUCACACAGGUGAGGAUAUUUUUUCAUGUUCUGAAUGUGGGAAAUGUUUUGUCAGUAAAUCAGAUCUUGUGAAACAUCAGAGAACUCACACCGGAGAGAGACCUUUCUCAUGUUCUAAAUGCGGGACACGUUUCAGCCGUCAAUCAAGCCUAAUUCGCCAUCAAAGAACUCACACAGGAGAGAAGCCAUUCUCAUGUACUGAAUGUGGGAAAUGUUUUAGCCAGCAUUCAAACCUUGUUAUACAUCACAAAACUCACACAGAAGAGAAAACAUACUCAUGUUCUAAAUGCAGGAAAUGUUAUUUCAGUAAAUCAGAGCUUGUGAAACAUCAGAGAACUCACACAGGCGAAAAACCUUUCUCAUGUUCUGAAUGUGGGAAAUGUUUUAGUUACCACGCAUGUCUUGUUAGCCAUCAGAGUGCUCACACGGAUUAGAUAUUCUAUAAUGUUCUGAAUGUGGGAAAUUAUUUUAUGAGGUAUCAAUGCAUUUGUGGGAGUAAAACAUCUUGUAUUGUGAAUGUGAGACAUACUGAAACUGUAAUUCAUAUUGUGUUUAUCAUCCAGCAUCUUAC